CUGCCUAUAUCCGGCGUGGGCGGGGCGACGGCCGUCUUUUCGGCUUUCGGCUCGGAGGAGGCCACGGUGCAACUUUCUUCGGUCGUCCCGAAUCCGGGUUCAUCCGACACCUGCCGCCUCCACCAUGCCGCCCAAGUUCGACCCCAACGAGAUCAAAGUCGUGUACUUGAGGUGCACCGGAGGUGAGGUCGGCGCCACGUCCGCCCUGGCCCCCAAGAUCGGCCCCCUGGGUCUGUCUCCAAAAAAAGUUGGUGAUGACAUUGCCAAGGCAACCGGAGACUGGAAAGGCCUGAGGAUCACAGUGAAGCUGACCAUCCAGAACAGACAGGCCCAGAUUGAGGUGGUACCCUCUGCCUCUGCCCUGAUCAUCAAAGCCCUCAAGGAGCCACCAAGAGACAGAAAGAAGCAGAAGAACAUUAAACACAGUGGAAACAUCACUUUCGACGAGAUCGUCAACAUUGCCCGGCAGAUGCGACACCGGUCUUUAGCCAGAGAACUUUCUGGAACUAUUAAAGAGAUCCUGGGUACUGCACAGUCUGUGGGCUGCAAUGUGGACGGGCGCCAUCCUCAUGACAUCAUUGACGACAUCAACAGUGGUGUGGUGGAAUGCCCAGCUAGUUAAGAAGCAGCAAGAGAGAAUAUUUCAAUAAAAGACCAUCUGUCUGAUAAA